AUGACAACUACUUGUUCCACCUGUUUGCAAUACUCGAAACAGCAAUCGAAAGAACCGCUACACCCUCAUAACGUUCCAAGUUUUCCCUGGCAAAAGGUUGGAACAGACCUUCUUGAGUACAAAGGAGCACAAUACCUGCUGGUAGCAGAUUAUUACAGUAAAUAUCCAAUUUUACGAAAGUUGAAUGGAACGACAUCAAAUGCUGUCAUCAACCAAUUAAAGUCAAUAUUUGCAGAAUAUGGAAUACCUGAAACGCUAGUAUCAGACAAUGGCCCACAAUAUAGCAGUCGAGAGUUUUCAACCUUCUGUAGCCAUUGGGGCAUUGGCCAUAGUACAAGCUCACCACUGUAUCCUCGAAGUAACGGUUUUGUAGAACGAAUGGUUCAAACUGUAAAGAACUUACUAUGCAAGUCGGAAGCUGCAGGUGAAGACCCAUAUCUUGCAUUACUUACAUAUCGGACAACACCCGUAGACAACAAUUUACCGUCACCAGCCAAGCUACUAAAUCAACGAGAAUAUCGGACAUUAUUACCUUGUAGCGGAAGGCUACAACGAUGCCAAACAACGCCAGCAAAUCAAGAACAGCUUCAGCUGCGUCAAGAUGUUCAGAAACGUCAGCAUGAUGUGAACUCUCCACGUGUGUUGUCUAAGCUGCUACCUGAGCAGAAAGUGGUGGUAUUCCAGCCUCGAAAGAAAACGUGGACUCCAGGAAAGGUCAUUCAAGAAUCAAACAAGCCAAGAUCGUAUGUGGUUGAAACACCCAACGGGGGCGAAGUUCGACGUAACAGGAUACACCUAAAACCUGUAAUCGAGGACGGCAGACAACCAGAAAUAGACCAUAUGACGAGCGGGCAAGACUGUUCAAGUUCUAGUUUACAAGAAAAGAUUCGUACCAGUGAACCUAACCUGGAAAUAGCAAACAAAAGCAGAAAACCAGAAACAGACAUAUCAGGUGAUGAUCACCCUGUGACAACCAGAAGUGGCCGUAUUAUAAAGAAGCCAACUAGAUUGAAUUUAUAA